UGACAACAACAACUUUUACAACGUCAACAUCAAAAAUCCUCACAACUACAGCAACAACGGUGGCAACUCUUAAAACAACAACUGCAACAGCCUAUACAAGAACAAAAUUUACAACAACACCUUCAAGAUAUCUUGAAUUCUCAGAAAGAACUCUUGAAAUGACAGAAAGAACUCUUGGAAAUGCUGCAAAAUUUAAUGCAAAAUCAACAAGAUCAAUUAAAUUUCAGCAACAACAACUAUUAGUGCAAGAACCAAUAAUUUGUCUUAACAUUGGAGAAUAUUAUAUAAUUAGUAAAGAAGUUUAUGAUGAUAAUAUUUUAAGAAAUCAAGAUCUCAAUUAUUCUCAUGGCACAAAUAAUAACAUGGAGGAAUUGAAAAGUAAAAUCACAGAAUUGGAAAGUAAAAACAAUGAAUCAGAAAAUAAAAACAAUGAAUUGAAAAGUAAAAUCAAAGAAUUGAAAAGUAAAUUCAAGAAUGGUGAGUUGGAAAGUAAAAUCAUCAAGUUGGAAAGUAAAAAUAUCAAGUUGGAAAGUAAAAUCAUUGAGUUGGACAUUGAGUUGGAAAAUGAAAAAAAUGAGUUGGGAACAAGCCAAAAUAAAUUUAUGUCAAGCUCAAUGGAUAAUAUUGGAUUUGGAAAGUUGAGAAAUAUUUUAUAUGAUAACAAGCUUCAAAACCUUCAUUCACAAAAUAAAAUGCUUGAAAUCAACUGUAAAAAUCUUCAAACAGAAUUGAAUUCAAAAAAUAAAAUCAUUGAUGAUUUGAUAAGAUCUAAUAUUAUCUUAAAGGAAGAAGCUAUCAAAUAUCAAUCAGCUUUAGAUGAUGCAACAAAUUUCCAACUAGGAGUUCAAGAUCCCAAUUAUGCUGAUCAAUUAUUAAAAGACAUUUAUAACUUACAUAUAAAUUUAGAAAGACUUUGUUCAAUGAGAAGAGUUGAAAUUAAUGAAUCGGAG